AUGAACGAUUAUUCGGCCCAUUUACACUGGAACCAAAGUAAUAUUGGAGAAUUUGUUCUGUCCAGUAUAUCUCCUGUCUACGAGAUCCAGCUGCUGCUCUUCAUGUCCUUUACCGCUGUCUACAUCAUUACAUUACUCGGCAAUGCAGUCAUUAUCCUAGUUAUACAGCUGGACACUCGUCUCCAAACCCCUAUGUACAGCUUCCUGACCAACCUGUCAUUCCUGGAUGUCUGUUACUCAUCAGUGACCGUCCCCAAAUUGCUGAAUGCACUUAUAGCCGAUAACUGGAGAAUCACGUACUAUGGCUGCAUUGCGCAGAUGUACUUCUUCCACGUACUGGGCAGCACCGAAAUGUUCCUCCUUUCCGUUAUGGCGUACGACCGAUAUGUGGCCAUAUGCAGCCCCCUACGUUAUCCAAUCUUAAUGAGAAGAUCCAUAAGUCUAUUGUUAGGUGUCGGUGCGUGGACCGGUGGUUUCCUGCAUUCCACGUUCCACACCGCGUUCAUCCUUAGACUAUCCUUCUGUGGUCAGAAUGAGAUGGACAACUUCUUCUGUGACGCUACGCCCCUUAUUAAACUGUCCUGUUCCGAUACCACCAUUGACGCAAUCCUGCUCGCCACCACCCCAGGAAUACUGGGUCCGUCAUGCUUUAUGUUAAUCCUUGUAUCGUAUACUAACAUCGUAAGCAGCAUUCUGAGAAUUAGCUCCAGAGAAGGGAGAUAUAAGACCUUCUCUACCUGUGCGUCACAUCUAAUCACGGUCUCUAUAUUCUACGGUACCGGUAUCAUUGUGUAUAUACAGCCCAUGUCGGUGUAUUCAUCUGAUAACAGGUUUAUUACAGUGUUCUAUGCUGUUAUAACACCUAUGUUAAAUCCUAUUAUAUACACAUUGAGGAACAAGGAGGUAAAGAGGGCGCUACAAAAAGUAUUGUUUCAGCAGAAUGUUUUGCAUAAAAAAAUAAAGACUUCACGAUCUUGUGAUUAA